AUGCAGAUUCCCGAAAGCUUGAUCGCGGUUCUGGCUCUCGCGUUGCGACUGGCGAUGGCGACGCCAAUAGCCAAAGAUAUCCCAGCCGGACAGGCCGUCUCGACCACGGACGAGCCAUACCCUCAGCACAUCAAAGUGGUUCCCGAUUUCUUCAAACGCUCGCCCCGGGCCGACGAGCCAACCGUCUAG